AUGACGGCACCGCUCGGCCUCCCCCCGCGCUGGCCCGACGGCCUCGCCUGCCGCUGCGAGGACGCCCCGCGGGAGAAAAACCGCAUGGAAGGGUUGGGGCAUUGCCGGGAGAUGAUGCCCCACGCGGGACUCGCCGUGCCCACCGCCCCGCCGCCGCCGCCGCCGCCCCAGGGAAGCGCUUACGCGGAGCUGGCGGCCGCCGAGCCCCCCCGGCAGUGCCCGUCGGGGGCGGCUUCCAGCGCGGCGCUGGGCUACGGUUAUCCCUUCGGUGGGGGCUACUACGGCUGCAGGUUGUCCCACUCCCACGGAGUCAACUUGCAGCAGAAACCCUGCGCUUACCACCCCGGGGAGAAGUACCCCGAGGCCGGCGGGCCCCUGCCCGGCGAGGAGCUGCCGUCGAGGGCCAAAGAAUUCGCCUUUUAUCCCGGUUUUCCCAGCUCCUACCAGGCGGUCCCUGGCUAUUUGGACGUGUCGGUGGUACCGGGGCUCGGUGGUCACCCGGAACCGAGACACGACGCUUUGCUUCCCAUGGAAGGUUACCAACACUGGGCUCUUUCUAAUGGCUGGGAUGGGCAAGUGUACUGCUCCAAAGAGCAAUCGCAGUCUGCACACCUCUGGAAAUCACCUUUCCCAGACGUGGUCCCCUUACAACCCGAAGUCAGCAGCUAUCGGAGGGGACGAAAAAAAAGGGUCCCUUAUACCAAAAUCCAGCUGAAGGAGUUGGAAAAGGAGUAUGCGGCCAGCAAAUUCAUCACCAAAGAGAAGAGGAGGAGGAUUUCGGCCACCACCAACCUGUCCGAGCGUCAAGUGACUAUCUGGUUCCAGAACCGGAGGGUCAAGGAGAAGAAGGUGGUGAGCAAAUCCAAGACAGCGCAUCUCCACGCCACCUGACAGAGGAUGACUUUGGAGGAGAAGGGGCAAGGAAAAGGAAGCAAGAAACGUAAAUAUUUAUCUGGUAGUUUGUAUGAUAACAUCAUCAUCGGGACUCUGCUGAUUCCAAGUCAUUAUUUAAAAAAAAAAAAAAAAAACGACAUUCACAAAUGCACACGCGCAUCCUCCCC